GUUUAAACCUUUAUCUAUAUUCUUACACAGUACUUCAGAUGAUAGAUACUGGCAAUACAAUAGAGAAGAUGCCCAAGUUGAAGAAAGCGCACUGGGGAUGGGAGCUUUGCCCACUGCCGCCCAGAUGUACUUCAUUAAGGCUACGAAGUAUCUAUUGGAGUUCGGGGAGGAAGAGCAGCUCAUGCCGGGCCUCGACAACAAGGAGAGGAAGGCCUUGCGAAACUUGAUAAAAUACAAAUUAGACAACAUAGAACAGCUGGUCUAUAGCGGACUCUUGUCCAUCUCCAGCGAAAGUACCGCCGAGAAGAACCCUUUUGCCAAGGGAUCGUUCAAGAUGAUCUUCAUCCCAGGGACCGACAUAAAGUUGAACCUCAUGAUCGAACCGGCCGCGGUGCGCUUCUGGGACUCCUCCAAGAACCUGGAAGGAUCCCAUCCGCUGCACUUGUUGUGCUCGCUGCACGACAUACCCGCUCAGGCGAUCCGGGAUCUCUUCGAUAUUCAUCCGGUUGAUGUCAACGUAACGAACAGUGCUGGAUUCACAGCUUUGACCAUUGCCAUCCAUGCGGGAAAUUUUCCCGUAGUUAAAUUAUUGAUCGAAAAAGGGUCUCACGUGAACUAUGCCCCGGCUGUUCCGCUCACUCUCGAUGAAUUGGGAUCUUAUUAUCCGUUUUUGAGUGUAUUUUCUCCGGUACCGAUGACUUGCCCAAGGAUGCACUAUUACGUCACGCCCGUAGAUGCAGCUGUAUUUGCGAAUGAGGAAGAUAUCCUCCGCUACUUGGUGAAUAUGGGCGCUGAAGUCAAUGCUAACAGCGGCAUCUGGAACAAUUUGACGCACCCGAUAGUGAUGGGGCGACGGAGGAUCGUCGAGUUGCUGCUAGAGGGCGGUGUUGACGUGAAUGGAGUGGACUUGAUGGAAACUUCCGCUCUGCAUACAGCCGCUGCGGAGGGCAGCAUCGACUUGGCACACAUCUUGAUGAGGAGGGGCGCCAAAGUCAAUGCCCAGGACAUGUAUGGCUGGUCUCCGCUGCACAUCGCGUGCCUUCUCUCACGAAACGUCUGCUUAGAGAUGAUACAACUGCUUCUGGAUGGAGGGGCGGAAGUUGAAGCGGAAACUAAAUCCGGUUUCACUCCGUUAUGUCUUGCAGAGGCAGGCAAUGACCUUUCGUUUUUAGAACACCUGGUUAAUAACAUGCUCAGACUCGACAUUGUUCAUAGGACAACAUGUAUGCCUGAUGACAGGAGGAGAGAGCACGAGGACAUCGUGACCCUGCUGCUGGACAAUGGAGCCAGUUGCAACCACCAGGACAACUACCUGGGAUGGACGGCGCUGCACUGGGCUGCGGCUUCCGGAGACCUAAGAACGGCACAGCUGUUAUUGUCGAGGGGUGCGAAGGUCAGCAUCAGGUCGAAGCUCAACUUGACUCCUCAACAAACUGCCUUGUAUUUCGGCAAAGAACAAGUUAGUAGCUACAUCUACACAUUCAUCGAUGAGGCUCAAGCUGAUAAUCUUAACUCAAAAAAUGAUUUAAUUUAG